CACCACGCGCGUGCGAGCGAGCACUCACAUGAUGACAGACACUUUUUGAGAAAGGGGAAGUAACGGGGAGCUGCGCAGCUGAACUCUAAAAAUCACUUCCUGAAAAACCAUACCGCCCACAAAAAGAACUGCGUGGCUUUGCGACUGAAGGAGGUGGAGGCAGAGGCAAAAAACUGACACGUGGAUUAUCCCUCCCAGGGCAUCAGGAGAAACCGAAACAGACUCCCUCUGUUCUGUGUUACGCUUAGUUUAGCGACCGCUGCAUGUGUCCCGACGAACGGUGAACUAUCCGGAGAGGUAGAGGAGGCUGCCGUCCGUCACUAGUACCUCGCAUUGAAUGGCAGUAAUUCAAAAACAUGGCAAGAGCUGUAGUCCAGAUUUGGUCUGUUUUAAGGAGAACCAUCCACCGGACAAGACGGGGGUCGCCGGUGGUCACAAGAAGUGCCCUGAACACCACACCAACUGGCCUAGACCCGUGGCGCGGGUCUGGACCGUGGUGUUGCUGCUCGGGACAUGCCUCCUGUACUGUGCCCGUGUGGCGAUGCCCAUCUGUGCCGUAAGCAUGGCGGAGAAGUUCAACUGGACCAAGCGGGAGUCCGGCAUGGUCCUGGGCAGCUUCUUCUGGGGAUACUGCUUCACUCAGGUGUUCGGAGGCUACGUCAGCGACAGGGUUGGAGGUGAGAAGGUCCUCCUGCUUGCUGCAGCUGCCUGGGGGUCAAUGACCGCGUUCACCCCCAUCCUGGCCCAUCUUUGCUCCCAGCCGAUCCUGUCAAUGACACUGGCUCGUUUCCUCAUGGGCCUGCUGCAAGGGGUCCAUUACCCAUCUCUAGCAAGCCUCUGCUCACAAAAGGUGGUGGAAAGUGAAAGAGGCUUCCUCAUGAGCACUGUGGGUAGUGGCUCCUACUUGGGCACUCUGCUGAUUGGAGGGGCUGGCUCCCUCAUGCUGGAUCUUUAUGGCUGGGAGAGUGUUUUCUACAUCUCUGGUUUCAUGUCUGUCCUCUGGGCCUACUGUAUGUGGAAAUAUUUGCUCAAAGGCGAAGGACCUCUUAUCAGCCUGGAGUCUCUUGGCAGUGGUGGUUCUCAGUCAAAACUUACCAAAAGACAUUGGUUGCGUCUCUUUAAACAGCGUGCAGUCUGGGCCGUCAUAGUUACGCACCUUUGCACAGCCAGCACUUACUUCACUCUUUUGUCAUGGUUACCAACGUUCUUUAAAGAAAGCUUCCCUGAUGCCAAGGGUUGGGUGUUUAAUGUCAUUCCUUGGUUGGUGGCCAUACCUUCAUCUCUCUUCAGCGGUUGCUUGUCUGACCACCUAAUUAGUCAAGGUGUUGACACAGUGUCAGUGAGAAAGUUAAUGCAGUUUUUCUCCAUGGGUGUGUCUAGUGUGUUUACCUUCCUUUUAUGUGGCAACACCACGUUCCUCUGGGCUGUGGCAUUUGUGUCAGCCACCAUGGGCCUCACCACCUUCAGUCACAGUGGUGUUUCUGUUAACGUUCAAGACCUUGCCCCUUCCUGUGCUGGAUCUCUGUUUGGUGUUAUGAAUACAUGUGGUGCCUUCUCAGGAGUCUUAAUGGUGUAUUUCUCCGGCUAUCUCAUCGAAGCCACAGGCUCGUGGGCGUCUGUGUUUGCCCUGAUUACUACAGUCAACUUAUUGGGCCUGUUUACCUUCCUGGCGUUUGCAGAAGCCCGCAGAGUGGACAUUGACUCCAGUAAGAGUCGUCACCACAACAUACACAUCUAAAUCCUCGAUGUUCAAUGGGACCAGCGUGUUAUUCCCAAUGUGGCUUCGGGCAAUCAGCACCCAGGCGAUUACCCAUGUCGUGUGGGUAGGAAGCAGCACAUACCUGAGACCUGCAGACAUCUACUCAAACUCUCAUUUCCUAAUUGUCUGCUCAAGAAAUUCUUGCAGAAGUUACUGAAAAGCACAUGAUAUAUCGUACAAUGUUACUGAAAAGUCUUGGUGGUUACAGCAGUCUUGGAUCAUGAAAGAAGAAACUAAGAAAAAGCUUUGCCUAUGUGUGGAAUGGCUAAACUUGAUGUUAACUCGGUAGUGAAACAGCUGCAGAUCAGGCAGUACUUUGUAUGUCCUGUUAAGCUGAGCUGUGGUUUUAGCUCAAAACAGUCGCCUAGAAUGAGCUUUCAUUGGUUUGGUAGAGAGCCAUGGGAGGGGAAUCCAUUUGACCCAUGUGUGUUUAACACCACUGCAAUAAAUGGAGUUAAUCAACAUGUUGCUAUCCCCUCCCAGCACUUGUUAACUUCCUGUUCAAACUGUUUGGAAACGAGUAGCUCAGCUUUUAUUGGCUUUCUGUUAUCUCAAACUUCUCUCUUACAUCUUCUCAGUGUGACAGGUGGGAACGGUGAGAGAAAUUACACGCAGUAAAAACUUGACUCCCUGCAGGAUUUACCUGAGCAUGUUAUGCCAACUUUCAUUGGCUUCAUUUCAAGCUUUUUUAUCCACUUCUAAUGACAGGUGUGUGCUAUGAAGGCGCUGUGAGAGCUUCAAUUGGUGUGUGGCAGCUCGGACAGACAAAGGUGGUUUGUUCCUCUUAGUCAGUAAGGAUGGGGGAGGUGGGACAGGGCAACUCAAGGAGAGUCCAACCUGAAAUCUUUCAUUAGUACUUCCCUUUCUCCCUUCCCUGCAAAAGAAAAAAAAAGUCUGAAUGACACCUCAUUAUCUUGCCACUAAUUAGGUGGCAGACGCUUUAAUAGCCUAUAUGAUUCUUUUUUUGUAGACCUUUUGUACUUUGCUACGUUUCCUUGGUUACAAGCUCAUUUCAUUAUUUAUGGGAAGAUCAUAAUGAACAACAUGGUAGCACAACCUCAUCUGAAUGGAUUCUCUUUCUGCGAUUUCCUAAAUAAUUAUUUUGUGAUUUACGAGACCAAAGGUUUGUCUUUAUUUUUAUUUUUUAUUGUUUUUGUUUUCUGUCAUCCAUUAAAAAGAGGUAUUUUAUAUUUAUAUGGCUUAAUUAAUUUUCAAUAACCUUUUUGGGGGAAUAGAUGUUUAUUUGUAUGAUAAACAUAAAGUAUAUAUAAUAUAUUUCAAUGUAAAUAUAUUAUCAAAUGAAUUAAAAACAAAUCUAUAUUUAUAGAAUUAUAUCGAUAACAAUAUUUUAUUUAAAUGAAGGAUCAUUAUCAAAACAGACUUCAUAUUUGCGUCACGUUCUAAUCUUUUGCUUAAAAAACUAUAGAAACAUUCUUUAAGCUGCACAUGAAAUUUGUCAUAACCUUGAAAUGUUGCAUUAUAGUAAAAUCUGCUAACAAAUUGGCAAUAUGGUGACCUAGACAUCAUUGAAUUAGUCAGUUUGUACAUGAUUGUGAUGAAAAUAGUCCAAUGUGCUUACAUUGUGUCAUUUUCUGAUCAUAUCACAUUAGGAUUGUUUUUACGUUUUCUUUGCUUUUGUUUAUCUAAAAUGAGAACCACAUUUUCAUGAAUGAUUUUAUUUUUGUAGAUUUUGUUAUUUUUUAUUAUAUUUUAAAUUCCUGUUACUGAAACAAAUUCCGUUUUCUGGGAGUAAUAAAUGACAGAACAUUUUCUCUUUCAGAUUUUUGUAUCUUUAGGUGAUUAUAUUUAUUUAGUAUUUUAUCUCUUUUCUGUUUGAACGGUUACUCAAACACUCAAUGCAAGAGUCAUGCUCACUUUACAUGCUAGGAAACUAAAGGUGACAUCAGAUCUUUUGUUAAUAUGUGAACUGUUGUAGCACAUUCACCCGAUAUAGCUUUGAGUCUUUGACAAUGUAAUGAAGUGCUUUUACAUGUAUAAUGGUACUGUUCUUUCUUUAUUAUUAUAAUUAUUUUUUGGGAAUUGACCAACUUGAAGUAAUUCUCAGCUUUCCUUGCCUUUGCAAAUACCAGUAAUUACAUCAAUUUUUAUAUUAUUCUCCUUUUUGCAAAUGUAUAAAACAUAGUUUCACAAUUGCAUAGUUUCUUUUCACUGAAAGUUGCCUAAAAAAUAAUUUUGAUAACCUGUAAUGUAAAAGAAGAAAGACGCUUUUGCAAGAACAUGCAGUAUUGUAACGCUUUCAAAAUUUGCUGUGUUUAAAGUAAAAUUCUAUUUUGUCAA